UUCAUCAAACGACUAUCUUUAUAAACCGCCUACCCACAAUUCCACUUCCUCUUUCCUGUCUCUCUCUCGCCGCCAUGAAGGUCGAGUUGUGCAGUUUCAGUGGGUAUAAGAUUUAUCCCGGUCACGGCCGGCGAUAUGCCCGAAUCGACGGAAAGGUGUUCCAGUUUUUGAAUGCCAAGUGCGAAUCUGCUUUCCUGACCAAGAGGAACCCCAGGCAGAUCAACUGGACCGUUCUGUACAGGCGCAAGCACAAGAAGGGCCAGUCUGAAGAGGUGACAAAAAAACGCACACGCCGCGCAGUGAAGUUCCAGAGGGCCAUCACUGGUGCCUCUCUUGCUGAGAUCCUGGCCAAGAGGAACCAGAAGCCCGAGGUGCGCAAGGCGCAGAGAGAGCAGGCUAUCAGGGCUGCCAAGGAGGCCAAGAAGGCAAAGCAGGCAGCCAAGAAAGUGACCACCAAGAGUACCAAGGCCCCUACCAAGGCUGCGCCCAAACAGAAGAUUGCCAAGCCUAUGAAAGUCAACGCUCCUCGUGUUGGUGGAAAACGUUAAAUUGGUCUGGUGUUUUGUGUACUAAUAAAAUUAUCACAAUACAAUCUU